GCGACGAUACAGACCUGCUAGUUUUCUUUUUGAGCUAUUUUCAUCACUGGUUACAGCAUUUAACUGGUUAUUUCUGUCAGUAAUUUUGUACAUAAUAUACUGUCGAUAUGGAAGAAGUCGAUAUGGAUCCAGAAGAAGGGUCUGACACCUCUGUGUUGUCCGAAAAUCAAGAGGCUCAGAGCGGGGUCUCCAUACAGGAGGAUAACCCCAGUGCGAAGGUGAAUAUGGAGGUCAGGGAGGAGACAUGGGAGUUUCAGCUUCAAGAGGAGGAAGAGGAGGAGGGGGAGGAGAAGGAGGAGGAGGAGGAAAGUGAAAAGCUGGUCACUCCUCAGAGGAUAAUCAACCUGCAGAGAGAGUUGCCGACAUUAGUGACCAACAUCCAAAUUGCAGCUGAUGCCAAAGAGUCAAUGCGAAGGACAGAGCUGGAGGAAGCUCGCAAACUUAGAUUGGAGCGGCUGGAGAACAAUGUAAAAUCCAGCCAGGAAAAAUUCGAGGAGAUCACCAGCGGGUGGUUGGUAGCUAAGCAGAAGGUGAUCCCUCAGGAGCUGCAGGAGGCCCUGAACCACCAGCAGCAGUUAUGUGCUGCUCUCUUAGAAGACAAGAAAAAACUAAUAAAUGACCUGCAACAGGAGCUGAAGGUUAGAGAUGAUCACUUUGUUAAGGACUUGAGGAAGCAGGCAGACGAGCUGGACCUGGUGAUGGAGAGGAUGGAGGACCAGAUUAAAACCCUGACAAAGGCCUAUAGGGAGGAGCUGGACCAGAUGGAGAGAGUUUAUCAGCAGGAAUGUGAAGUCUUACUCACAAGAGACAAGGAAGAAUGGGAACAAUACAUGGAGGAACUUUUGGACAAAGAGCUGGAGAGGCUGACGGAGAGGAUGAAGAAAGUGGAGGAGUAUGAAGCGAUAAUUCACAAUCUGAUGUUGGAGACUACUGAAAAGUACAGCAUCUUCCAGAUGGACCAAAAUUCAAAGUUUCAGGUUCUGGAGAGAGAGAAUCAUAAGAUAAAGACCACCAACUUGAUCACGAAGCUAAAACAAAUAAAGCAAGAGGAUGAGGUGAUAGCUCACAAGUUCAACCUGGCCUGUUUAAAGAGCAGGAUGGUCAGUCUGCGGACAGAGAUAAAAAACCUAAAAGAAAAGUAUACCAGUCAGGAGAAACAGUUUUCAAAGAAGAGUUGGUAUUUAUCGGAGGACUAUAAACGCAACAUCCUGCAAUAUGAACGCAUACAGAAGAAAAUCAAGCACUUUGCAGUUGCUGAUGUCAAAAAAUUUGAGGACAUGUGGCUAAUGAUUGAAGCAGAGGUGAAGCAACUAGUAGAGAGGUCUCUGCUCAUUGACUCGCUGAUCUGCAAGCAGCACCUUGGUUUAGCCUGGGAGCGACCUCCCAUGCCCUUCAUGGAGCUCUCUGGUCCCAUCCAGCCUCAGAAACAGGCCUGGAGGCCCGCCCACCAGGCCGUAUCCCAGUCAUUUCAAACCGGGCAGGCUUUACAGUGUAGUCAGAGAACGAUGGACGCCUCAGUUGGGCCUAGGCUGGAGACUGAUGCUGAUAGCACGGACAUGGAAAUGUACAAGGAAGGAACAGCAGUGCAGAGUGAGAGCGGUGCAGAGGUGGAAGAGGGGAAGUUGUCCAUGGAGACGCUGAAGAAAGUGAUGGAGCUGCUUUGUGAUGAGGCGGGCUUUCUGAUGGAGGAUAAACUCCUGAACCUGCUGGCUCCCCUGGAGAAGGAAGAACAGACUGUUGUGAAGCUCGGCUCUCUCCUUUGUGCUUUUGAUGUUGAAGGGGAGGAUAUGCCCAAGUUAGCUCAUUUCUUACUAAAGUACAAACAUCAGCAGAGGGAUCAGAAUGAGUCAUGUGAAUCCAUUGACAAGGCAGGGGAAGUGGAGAACAACUCUACGACUCACCUGACCUCUGAACUCAUUGAUCCUAACCAUGUUGUGCCUGCUCUAAAAAGUUUCCUCAGGCAGCUCACAAAGACCAGGGAGAUCUCAGCCCGCCAACAGUCCAGUUUACUGCCUAUAAAUGCCAGGGAUACUUCAGAAGAUGAAGCUUACUGGGAGAGUAUGAGCAACGUAAUCUCUGAGGACAAAUUGAAACUCUGGGACGCAGCAGAGAAUAUACUGAAGCAGUACCAUGCGGUCCUGACAGAGAUCUCUGACAUCGUCCCUGAGACUCAGAGUCUGGAGCAGCAGAACACAGAGCUGAGGAUGCUGCUGCAACAGUCUCUCAACUCAAGCGUCAACACAGAGCUGGAGAACACAUAAUACAUUGUCCACAUGGAAACAACAGAGGUUGGACAGUGUGUGAGCCAUCAUCAGAGUAUUUUUAUUCACUGUCAAAUAA